UCAAACACGCGGAACUCACGUGGGCCACGCCUUCACCGCAAAAAUCCAUGCCAUCCACCGAAGCCGUGGAACAAAAGGAGCCACAAAGCCCAAAUUGCUGUCUCGCUUUUCGCCUGUCUGUCUCCCUGGGGCUUUUCCUUCUCCAAAAUGGCACAGAUGGCUCUCUCUGCGUCACCAACACUCACUCUCUUCAAUAGGGUUUCAGGUAGAUCAAAACAAUGGGGGAUGCUAUUUCCUGGUUCUUCGAGAAAACUUGCAAUCAAUAUGUCAAUACUUAUGAACUUCCAGAGCAAAGGAUUCAGUUUUGUUGCUUCGGGUGCAACACAGUGGAAUGGAGGUGUUGCAGAACUAGUGGAAGGUGAAGCAGCAUCACGGCCCUAUACAUGGCCAGAUAAGAAGAAGCCCAGAGUGUGCAUACUAGGUGGCGGCUUUGGAGGUUUAUAUACGGCCUUAAGGCUAGAAUCCCUUGUAUGGCCAGAGGACAAGAAACCUCAGGUGCUUCUUGUUGAUCAGUCUGAACGUUUUGUUUUUAAGCCAAUGUUGUAUGAACUUCUAACGGGAGAAGUAGAUGCAUGGGAAAUAGCUCCGCGUUUCUCAGAUUUGCUGGCAAACACUGGUGUGCAGUUUUUCCAAGACAGGGUCAAAGUAUUGCAUCCCUCUGACCAUUUGGGAAUGAACGGGCCAACAGUAUCUAGCUGUGGAGGAACCGUCCACCUUGAAAGUGGUCUGGUUAUUGAAUAUGACUGGUUGGUUCUUGCUUUGGGAGCUGAAGCCAAACUGGAUGUUGUCCCAGGAGCUGCAGAAUUUGCAUUGCCAUUCUCCACCCUGGAGGAUGCAUGUAGGGUUGACAAUAGGUUAAGAACUUUAGAGCGGAAGAGGUUUGGUAGAGACUUUCCGAUCCGAGUAGCUGUUGUAGGCUGUGGUUACUCUGGAGUUGAGUUAGCUGCCACAGUAUCAGAGAGGCUGCAAGAUAAAGGAAUAGUGCAAGCUAUUAAUGUAGAGACCACAAUCUGCCCAACUGCCCCACCUGGCAAUAGGGAAGCUGCCUUAAAGGUGCUCUCAUCCCGAAAUGUUGAACUUCUACUGGGUUUCUUUGUCCGCUGUAUAAGAAAAGCUAGCAUUUCUGAAGUUUCAGAGAAGCAAACAGAGAGUGGCACACUUCUGGAUGCUGCAGCUGAGCAUGAGCCUGAAAAACUUAUUUUGGAACUUCAACCAGCGGAAAGGGGCUUACAAAGUCAAAUUCUGGAAGCAGAUUUAAUAUUAUGGACAGUUGGUUCUAAACCUCAACUUCCUCAACUGGAACCCUGUGAAUGGCCCCAUGAGCUUCCCCUUAAUGCCAGGGGACAAGCUGAAACAGAUGAAACUCUUCGUGUUAAGGGCCAUCCACGCAUAUUUGCAGUUGGUGAUUCUUCUUCUUUGAGGGAUUCCAAAGGAAAGCUUCUUCCAGCAACUGCACAGGUUGCUUUUCAGCAAGCAGACUUUGCUGGUUGGAAUCUGUGGGCAGCAAUCAAUGACCGUCCUUUACUGCCAUUUAGGUUUCAGAAUUUGGGUGAGAUGAUGACUCUAGGAAGAAAUGAUGCUGCUAUUUCCCCGAGCUUCAUUGAGGGGCUAACCUUGGAGGGACCUAUUGGCCAUGCAGCAAGGAAACUGGCAUAUUUGAUCAGAUUGCCAACAGAUGAGCACCGGCUCAAAGUGGGGAUCAGUUGGCUCACAAAGUCUGCCAUAGAUUCAGUUGCAGCAGUGCAGAGCAGUGUGAUCAAAGUCCUUUCGGGUUCUUAAUUAGAACCCACACUUGCUCCACUUACUCUCUGAAAGGCAAGUGGGGUGGGAGGGAUUGAUUACUUAAUCCUUCUGAUGCGUGGUAUUCACGAGUUGAUACCUGAUGAAAAAUUUUCUAUGCAUAACAGAGACUAAUAAAAGGUUUUAUCCAUUUCAUCCAA